AUGUCCAAGAUCCUCGGCAAGGUGGUGGUAGUCGAUGAGCUCUCGCUUCGCAAGGAGGAGGAGGUACGGGUCAAGGUGAAAUCCCUGGACUUCUCCAAGCUCCGCGCCUCAGUACGUGUUUUCUUCGACGACCAGGGAUUCGACCUCAAGAUCUGCCCCGAGCCGCCGAACCACGCGGCCGCCCCCGCUUCUCCAAUGAUGGUCACCAUGGGGGUGGCACGGGUGGUGACGAUGACUCCCACCACCAGCGCCCUCGCCCCUCUCGCCAUGACGACUCAGACGACGACGAGGAGCUAUCGGAGCACUCCCGCUCCCCCUCCCGCGAGCCGUCCAAUCCCCCCUCCGGGCCAAGGCGGCUCCGGGUCCAGGCGCACCCGAGUGACGGGCACCGACCUCGAGGCCGGCAUUCGGUUCGCCCCCCCCCCCCCCCCCCCCCCGCCAGCCUCUCCACCCGCGUCGGAGGCGUCCAGCGACAUCUCUAGUGUGGGCUUGCUCGUCCUCCCGCCCCCGUCGCCAUGCUCCCCAUCCGCCGACUCCGCCCUGCGCCCGGGUCUGCCGUGCCCGCCGCCCUCGCCGCCUCGUGGACCGGUCCCCUCGGAUCCCACGGGCGACGACGGCGGCGGCCUGCCCCCGCCAACUCCGGAUGCUGCUCCACCCGUGGAGGGUCCGGCCGCGGGCAUCCUGGAGCCCGUCGCCCUGCCUCCUCUCCGGGUGGCCGCUGAAGAUCCCCUCGCCUAUCCGAGGCUACUGUCUGUGAUGGUGCCCGGCGUCGUGACUACUCCUGUCACCUCGCACCCCCAUGGAUGGUGGAAUACACCCAGCGGACCCGCUCCACCUCGACGCCGGUGA